UUUUAUUUUUUUAUUUUUUUAACAACCACAAUGGCUUUGAGCUCAUUCGACAUAGAUGCGCCACGAUGGGACCAGUCUACGUUUAUGGGCCGACUGAAACACUUCUUCAACAUCACCGACUGUCGAACUGCGCUCUUACCCGACUCGCGCUUGGAUGAGGCCAAAGCUUUGGUAGAGAGCUGCAGGGCAGGGUCCAUCCCCCCCGGCACUACAGAGGAGCAGCUCUGCUAUGCUAAGAAGCUGUACGACUCGGCCUUCCACCCAGACACGGGAGACCGCAUGAACCUCAUCGGCCGUAUGUCCUUCCAGGUGCCCGGAGGCAUGGCCAUCACCGGCUUCAUGCUGCAGUUCUACAGGACAGUUCCUGCUGUGGUGUUCUGGCAGUGGGUGAAUCAGUCCUUCAACGCUCUGGUCAACUACACAAACCGUAACGCUGCCUCCCCGAUCACUACCAAGCAGAUUGGAGUAGCCUACGUUACAGCAACCAGCACAGCGUUGGCAACAGCAGUCGGACUCAACCUCUACACAAAGAAAGCUCCUCCUCUUGUGGCUCGCUGGGUCCCCUUUGCAGCGGUGGCAGCAGCCAACUGUGUUAACAUUCCUAUGAUGAGGCAACAGGAAAUUCUGAAUGGCAUCGCUGUCACAGAUGAAAAUGGGAACAAACUGGGCCACUCUACGAAAGCGGCAGUUAAAGGCAUCGCACAGGUGGUCAUCUCUCGGAUCACCAUGGCCGCACCAGGAAUGAUUGUCCUCCCCAUCAUCAUGCAGAGGCUGGAAAAGUACAAGUUCAUGCAGAGAAUCACAUAUCUCCACGGACCAAUUCAAGUGAUGAUGGUGGGCGUGUUUUUGAUCUUCAUGGUGCCGGCUGCCUGCUCCCUGUUCCCUCAGAGAUGCUCCAUUGCCGUGUCGAAGCUGGAGCCGGAGCUGAGGGACUCCAUCAGGUCUCAAUAUGGAGACAGCGUACAACAGGUCUACUUCAACAAAGGCCUCUGAGGCUGAGAGAGCUGACAAAUCUUACCUAUUCGACACACAAGACCGGAUACGUAUGUGUUUGUGUAAUUUGCCCCCAUUUUCUAAUAAUUAAUCACGAGGAAAUGCUCGUUAGCUUUGACAUCCUCGAAUCGGUGCUUAUUGGUGGGAACUCACUGUGGGAUUUUUGAUCAAUCAUGUCAAUUUUUUUUUAAUUUUUUUUUUUUUAAUCUUACUCAACUUCUCUCUCUUGAGGGUCGAAUGAUUUCUUUUGUAUUACACUACACAUGAUACAUAAAAGGGGCACUGUGUACUCCUGUUGAGAAACCAAAUGAUUUCUCAGGAACAGCGCUUUACUUUGCCAGGUUAAAUCUCCUGUAAGUUCAUUUGUCAUGGUGUGACUCGUCUGUAGUUGUUAACUUUGCCUGUUUAGUGUCUCAAUGUUGGAAAAUGCUUCUGUCUGCCAAGCCUCCUUACAAUCUGUGCCUUCUACAAAGUGGCAGGAGCAACAAGGCUGCUGGAUUUAUUUUUUUUAAUUUUUUUUUUUUUAAACAAUAUUGGAUUUACUGUGAAACCAGAAAAACACGUAUAUGCAACGGUGGAGUCUGAAAUGGUUACUCAGUCUGGUGUGAGAGAAGCUAUCAGAUGUAAGAGUUGUGUGAUUAAAGGUGGAGGAUACUGCCCUCUUCUGCCAGAACAAAGGUAGAUGUUUGACUUGUUUGCAUGAGUUAACUGAGAGGUUUGCCAGUUGGAUCAUCUCACUGUGUAAACUCUGACUAAGCUUGAAUAAAACCUCACAGAUAUUUGGA